UUAAUUGUAGCUAUCUGUCUCCUAUCGAUGUGUUUUUUAAGACCAUGAAAUAGUUGUUUUUUAUUUGCAGAGUUGCCGGCGAUAGAGAUUGAGACCCAACUGUGCUGCUGGUUACUGCCAUUAUACCUUGCGUGUGAUGUUGGAUAUGGGAGAACGGAAAGAAGUGAAAAUGAUUCCUAAAUCGUCGUUCAGUAUAAACAGCCUGGUGCCUGAAGCCGUCCUAAAUGACAACCACCGACCAGUCCCCGAGGAAGAGGAGAAGAUGUCUCAGCCUGCACUACAGGACACUAAGUCGGAGAACACUUGCACUAAAAGUGACAACAAUUCCAACCAGGAAUCGACUUGCAACGACGAGAAGGAAAAAACGGAUGAGAAGAAGGAUUGCAAAGACGGGGAAAAUGGUAAAGACGGAGAAAAGAAAAACGGCAAGUAUGAGAAGCCGCCUUUUAGUUAUAACGCUCUUAUUAUGAUGGCAAUCCGACAGAGCCCGGAAAAACGACUAACGCUGAACGGUAUUUACGAGUUUAUCAUGAAAAACUUCCCCUACUACCGAGAGAACAAGCAAGGCUGGCAGAAUUCCAUCAGGCAUAACCUCAGUCUGAACAAAUGUUUCGUUAAAGUCCCGCGGCACUACGAUGACCCGGGCAAGGGGAACUACUGGAUGCUUGACCCCUCAAGUGAUGAUGUCUUCAUCGGUGGGACGACGGGCAAACUUCGCAGGAGAUCCACAACAUCUAGGGCCAAGCUGGCAUUUAAGCGGGGCGCUCGCCUAACCUCUGGCCUCACUUUUAUGGACCGGGCAGGGUCUUUAUACUGGCCUAUGUCCCCGUUUCUGUCUCUUCACCACCCCAGGGCCAGCAGUGCCCUGAGCUACAACGGCACAUCAUCAGCCUAUCCUAGUCACCCCAUGUCCUACAGUACAAUGUUGACUCAGAACAGUUUGGGGAACAACCAUUCUUUCCCUUCCUCCAACGGACUGAGUGUUGACAGACUGGUAAAUGGAGACAUCCCUUACGCCACUCAUCACCUCACAGCAGCGGCGCUGGCAGCCUCCGUGCCAUGUGGUCUAUCUGUGCCCUGCUCCGGGACAUACUCCCUAAACCCGUGUUCCGUUAACCUACUAGCUGGACAGACAAGUUACUUUUUCCCCCACGUCCCCCAUCCGUCCAUGACGUCUCAGAGUAGCACCACGAUGACUGCUCGGGCCACCUCCUCCUCCUCCCCGCAGGCUCCCUCGUCCCUGUCCUGCGAUUCCUUACGGCCUUCCCUUCCCAGCUUCUCUUCAGGACUGUCCGGAGGCCUGUCUGACUACUUUACACAUCAAAAUCAAGGUUCAUCUUCAAAUCCACUUAUACACUAACAAAACAUCCACAUGGAGCAGACUGUAAGUGAACAUUUUACACCCAUUUACCUUGUAAAAUAUCCUAUAAAAGAGAGACUUAAGAACAAAGAGAAAACAAAACGAAAGCAGCCCGAAGUCCAGGUAUUUUUUAUUGAUAUUCUGCAUUUAUUUCUGUGUAUAUAUAUGUCAAGUGUCGGGGAGGUGUUUAUGGUUCCACUGUCAGCAACGUGCAAUGUGAUGAAAAAAAAAGAGAAAAACGUAUAGGUUUUUGAAGAGGCAUUACCUUUAGAAUGUGUAUUUAAAUAGUGUCUGCAGAUUUGCC